GCUUGCGGGUUUGUCGCCGCUGCUCGCCCACCGCCUGGGAGAGCCGAGCCCCGGCCCAGUCGGUCGCUUGCCACCGCUCGUAGCCGUUACCCGCGGGCCGCCACAGCCGCCGGCCGGAAGAGGCGCGCGCCAUGGCUUCUGGAGCCGAUUCAAAAGGUGAUGACCUAUCAACAGCCAUUCUCAAACAGAAGAACCGUCCCAAUCGGUUAAUUGUUGAUGAAGCCAUCAAUGAGGACAACAGUGUGGUGUCCUUGUCACAGCCCAAGAUGGAUGAAUUGCAGUUGUUCCGAGGUGACACAGUGUUGCUGAAAGGAAAGAAGAGACGAGAAGCUGUUUGCAUCGUCCUUUCUGAUGAUACUUGUUCUGAUGAGAAGAUUCGGAUGAAUAGAGUUGUUCGGAAUAACCUUCGUGUACGGCUAGGGGAUGUCAUCAGCAUCCAGCCAUGCCCUGAUGUGAAGUACGGCAAACGUAUCCACGUGCUGCCCAUUGAUGACACGGUGGAAGGCAUUACUGGUAAUCUCUUUGAGGUAUACCUUAAGCCGUACUUCCUGGAAGCUUAUCGACCCAUCCGGAAAGGAGACAUUUUUCUUGUCCGUGGUGGGAUGCGUGCUGUGGAGUUCAAAGUGGUGGAAACAGAUCCUAGCCCUUAUUGCAUUGUUGCUCCAGACACAGUAAUCCACUGCGAAGGGGAGCCUAUCAAACGAGAGGAUGAGGAAGAGUCCUUGAAUGAAGUAGGGUAUGAUGACAUUGGUGGCUGCAGGAAGCAGCUAGCUCAGAUAAAGGAGAUGGUGGAACUGCCCCUGAGACAUCCUGCCCUCUUUAAGGCAAUUGGUGUGAAGCCUCCCAGAGGAAUCCUGCUUUAUGGACCUCCUGGAACAGGAAAGACCCUGAUUGCUCGAGCUGUAGCAAAUGAGACUGGAGCCUUCUUCUUCUUGAUCAAUGGUCCUGAGAUCAUGAGCAAAUUGGCUGGUGAGUCUGAGAGCAACCUUCGUAAAGCCUUUGAGGAGGCUGAGAAGAAUGCUCCUGCUAUCAUCUUCAUUGAUGAGCUGGAUGCCAUCGCUCCCAAAAGAGAGAAAACUCAUGGUGAGGUGGAGCGGCGCAUUGUAUCACAGUUGUUGACCCUCAUGGAUGGCCUAAAGCAGAGAGCACAUGUGAUUGUCAUGGCAGCAACCAACAGACCCAAUAGUAUUGACCCAGCUCUACGGCGAUUUGGUCGCUUUGACAGGGAGGUAGAUAUUGGAAUUCCUGAUGCUACAGGACGCUUAGAGAUUCUUCAGAUCCAUACCAAGAACAUGAAGCUGGCAGAUGAUGUGGACCUGGAACAGGUAGCCAAUGAGACUCACGGGCAUGUGGGUGCUGACUUAGCAGCCUUGUGCUCAGAGGCUGCUCUGCAAGCCAUCCGCAAGAAGAUGGAUCUCAUUGACCUAGAGGAUGAGACCAUAGAUGCCGAGGUCAUGAACUCUCUAGCAGUUACUAUGGAUGACUUCCGGUGGGCCUUGAGCCAGAGUAACCCAUCAGCACUGCGGGAAACCGUGGUAGAGGUGCCACAGGUAACCUGGGAAGACAUCGGGGGCCUAGAGGAUGUCAAACGUGAGCUUCAGGAGCUGGUCCAGUAUCCUGUGGAGCACCCAGACAAAUUCCUGAAGUUUGGCAUGACACCCUCCAAGGGAGUUCUGUUCUAUGGACCUCCUGGCUGUGGGAAAACUUUGUUGGCCAAAGCCAUUGCUAAUGAAUGCCAGGCCAACUUCAUCUCCAUCAAGGGUCCUGAGCUUCUCACCAUGUGGUUUGGGGAGUCUGAGGCCAAUGUCAGAGAAAUCUUUGACAAGGCCCGCCAAGCUGCCCCCUGUGUGCUAUUCUUUGAUGAGCUGGAUUCGAUUGCUAAGGCUCGUGGAGGUAACAUUGGAGAUGGUGGUGGGGCUGCUGACCGAGUCAUCAACCAGAUCCUGACAGAAAUGGAUGGCAUGUCCACAAAAAAAAAUGUGUUUAUCAUUGGCGCUACCAACCGUCCUGACAUCAUUGAUCCUGCCAUCCUCAGACCUGGCCGUCUUGAUCAGCUCAUCUACAUCCCACUUCCUGAUGAGAAGUCCCGUGUUGCCAUCCUCAAGGCUAACCUGCGCAAGUCCCCAGUUGCCAAGGAUGUGGACUUGGAGUUCCUGGCUAAAAUGACUAAUGGCUUCUCUGGAGCUGACCUGACAGAGAUUUGCCAGCGUGCUUGCAAGCUGGCCAUCCGUGAAUCCAUCGAGAGUGAGAUUAGGCGAGAACGAGAGAGGCAGACAAACCCAUCAGCCAUGGAGGUAGAAGAGGAUGAUCCAGUGCCUGAGAUCCGUCGAGAUCACUUUGAAGAAGCCAUGCGCUUUGCACGCCGUUCUGUCAGUGACAAUGACAUUCGGAAGUAUGAGAUGUUCGCCCAGACCCUUCAGCAGAGUCGGGGCUUUGGCAGCUUCAGAUUCCCUUCAGGGAACCAGGGUGGAGCUGGCCCCAGUCAGGGCAGUGGAGGCGGCACAGGUGGCAGUGUAUACACAGAAGACAAUGAUGAUGACCUGUAUGGCUAAGUGGUGGUGGCCAGCGUGCAGUGAGCUGGCCUGCCUGGACCUUGUUCCCUGGGGGUGGGGGCGCUUGCCCAGGAGAGGGACCAGGGGUGCGCCCACAGCCUGCUCCAUUCUUCAGUCUGAACAGUUCAGCUACAGUCUGACUCUGGACAGGGGGUUUCUGUUGCAAAAAUAUAAAACAAAAGCGAUAAAAUAAAAGCGAUUUUCAUUUGGUAGGCGGAGAGUGAAUUACCAACAGGGAAUUGGGCCUUGGGCCUAUGCCAUUUCUGUUGUAGUUUGGGGCAGUGCAGGGGACCUGUGUGGGGUGUGAACCAAGGCACUACUGCCACCCGCCACAGUAAAGCAUCUGCACUUGACUCAAUGCUGCCCGAGCCCUCCCUUCCCCCUAUCCAACCUGGGUAGGCGGGUAGGGGCCACAGUUGCUGGAUGUUUAUAUAGAGAGUAGGUUGAUUUAUUUUACAUGCUUUUGAGUUAAUGUUGGAAAACUAAUCACAAGCAGUUUCUAAACCAAAAAAUGACAUGUUGUAAAAGGACAAUAAACGUUGGGUCAAAAUGGA